AAAUACCCGAACAUACUUUCUUUUGGCAUCUAUGGUCUUCUCCUAUACAAACUCUCUCUACUCAAUCGCUCAUGCAGACACUUACGCCUAACAUCGAGUUAUUCCACGCGAAACGAAGACAUUUCACAUGCAGUACUCAAACCUCGACCUUCAUCCCGACAAAGCCACUUUCUGUUUUCCCGGCGACGAAAAAAAACCGAGAACAUCUCAUAAACCUUGAAAAUGUUCUCAAGACCUCGUCAACCUCUACAGAUAACUUCAACGUCAAUGUAUCUUCUCGCCAAGACAAGACGACGACGUUACUCGGAGGUUUGAACUUGGCGAGACUCUGGCCUCAGAUGAAAGCCGCCGUCGAAGAAAUGUCCCCGAAAAAUCUGAAACGGCUACAAAGACUUCUCUCGAAAUCAUCAGAAGAGCGUUCGCCGAAGAAUAAACUCGGGUCUAAAUGGCGGGAGCUACACGGGUCGAACAACUGGGCCGGGUUGCUGGAUCCACUAGACGAGGAUCUCAGGCGAGAGCUUGUCCGUUACGGAGAGUUUGUACAGGCGUCUUAUCACGCGUUUCAUUCGGACCCCGAAGGUUCGCCGAGAGACGUAGCCUUACCCGACGGGUCUUACAAAGUGACGAAGAGUCUUUACGCCACGUCAUCCGUCCGUUUGCCUAAGUGGAUUGAUGACGUGGCACCUGAUCUAAGGUGGAUGACAAAGCAGACGAGCUGGGUUGGGUACGUGGCGGUCUGCGACGAUCCAAAGGAGAUCCGACGGAUGGGGAGGAGGGAGAUCGUCAUCGCGCUCCGCGGAACCGCCACGUUGCUCGAGUGGUCAGAGAAUUUCAGGCCGAAUCUCGUUUCGAUGCCCGAGCCCAAACCCGAUCCAUCCGACCCAACUCGGCCCAAGGUGGAGUGCGGAUUCAACAGCCUCUACACAACGGGUAGCCAACACGCGCCUAGCCUCGCCGACUCUUUGGUGGCGGAGAUCAGCAGACUCGUCGACCUAUACGCAGGAGAGGAGCUGAGCAUAAGCGUCACCGGUCACAGCCUCGGCGCCGCCAUAGCUCUCCUAGCCGCCGACGAUAUCGCGGAGCGUGUUCCGCACGCGCCUCCGGUGUCGGUGUUCUCAUUCGGCGGACCUCGCGUCGGAAACAGGGAGUUCGCCGAUCGGCUGGAUUCGAUAGGAGUGAAAGUCCUCCGCGUCGUGAACAGCCAGGACGUGGUGACGAAAGUUCCCGGAAUAUUCGCCGAUAAUGAUAAGAACAAGCAGGGGCAGAAUCGUAAUAACGGGGGUAUAAGGGAGAUGGUGGAGAGGAACAAUCCAUGGGCUUACUCACACGUGGGAGCUGAGCUGCGCGUGGACAUGAAGAUGUCUCCGUAUUUGAAACCUAACGCUGACGUGGCGUGCUGUCAUGACUUGGAGGCGUACUUGCACUUGGUCGACGGGUUUUUAGCUUCGAACUGUCCGUUUCGGACAAACGCGAAACGGAGUUUGAGGAAGCUGUUGGAUGAGCAACGGUCCAACGUCAAGGUUUUGUAUACAGGAAAGUCUUUGAGACUCAACCGUGGAACUGUUCUUGAUUACGGGGAUGUUUUGCCAAGUCCGUCGUCAUGAGCUCUGAAUUUUUCUUAAUACUUUCAAAACAUUGUUUUAUUCUUUAUGAUAUUUUAUUUUAUUAUUU